UGAAGGUUCUCUUCCGUCUGUGUUUCAGUUGCUUUGUCGUAGUAGAAACGGCUAGAAACUUGUCGAAGUGUAAUGAAGAGUUACAAGUAUUUUCAGAGUGAACGACCUGCUGAUUCUCGUAUGUCAAUCAACGUAUUAUAGCCGUGUUAAACCAACGAAGCAUUUUGGCGAAUCAUUUAUUGUGUUACCGACUGGGAACAUCUUUCGCUUUAGCAUGUUGUACUGAGGAUUGAGAGCACUGACACCAGAGAAGACUCAACUGCUUACACGCUGAAGAAACGUUAAAAUCUUACUUAAAGUUUUCAGUGUUGGUAAGCUUCUGGAAAGUUAGAAAACUGUUUAACGAAGGGGUUAGCUUUACUAAAUGUAUGUCAGCGAGCCAAAGAUUGUGGACAUGAGUAACACCGUGCUAUCUUUCCGUUGGAGCUGAGUUCAAGGUUCAUGUCACAGUAAAAAAAAAAAAAAAAAAAGAAAACAAACGCCCGUUUACUUAGUACGUGAACCGCUGUCAAAAUGACAGAGUCUGCUGAUAGUCGUACCAGAACUCUAAACUUCAACGUUGGGGUGCUCGGACAUGUCGACAGUGGCAAAACAUCGCUUGCCAGGGCGCUGAGCAGCACUGCCUCUACGGCUGCCUUUGACAAAAACCCACAGUCCCGGGAGAGAGGCAUCACACUGGACCUCGGCUUCUCCUCCUUCACCGUGGACCUUCCCGAUCACCUGCGGGACAGCGAGGGGAAGCAGCCCUAUGACAGCCUACAGUUCACCCUGGUGGACUGUCCGGGGCACGCCUCUCUUAUUCGGACCAUAAUUGGAGGAGCCCAAAUCAUUGAUCUGAUGAUGCUGGUGGUGGAUGUGGUGAAGGGUGUGCAGACUCAGACUGCUGAGUGCCUGCUGAUAGGAGAGCUGACCUGCCCUCGCAUGGUGGUGGUCCUGAACAAAGUUGACCUCCUUCCGCCAAACAAGAGACAGAGUGCCAUUGAGAAAAUGACCAAGAGGCUGCACAAAACACUGGAGAGCACCAGAUUCAAAGACUGUCCAGUGAUUUCUGUGGCAGCAAAGCCCGGGGGCCCUGAAGCUCCUGACACUGAGGAGCCACAGGGAGUAACAGAGUUAAUAGAGCUUCUGAAGAAACAGACAUACCUCCCUAAGAGAGACCCUGGAGGUGACCUCCUGAUGGCGGUGGACCACUGCUUCUCCAUCCGUGGCCAGGGGACGGUCAUGACUGGAACCAUUCUGCAGGGCUCCCUGGCUAUCAAUGACACUUUGGAAAUCCCGGCACUAAAGGUGACCAAGAAGAUAAAAUCAGUGCAGAUGUUUCGGAAGCCGGUGUCGGGGGCCAUGCAGGGUGACCGUGUGGGUGUGUGUGUGACACAGUUUGACCCUAAACUGUUAGAGCGAGGUGUGGUGUGCACCCCAGGAUCUCUGCGCACCCUCUAUGCUGCGGUCAUCUCUGUGCGGAAGAUCAGCUACUUCAAGGGUUCUCUUGCCACCCGAGCCAAGUUCCACAUCACGAUGGGCCAUGAGACGGUCAUGGCAAGGGUCUCUUUCUUUGGCCUGCCACCUCUGGAGGCCUCAGAGAGUAAACCACCUCCAUCACAGCCCUGCUCACUGGAGACACCCUUCACCUUUGAUAGGGAGUACUUGUACCAGGAUGAGUACGUCAGCGGUCAGAGAGAAGGAAGUUCAGGACCUGACCCGGAGCAGUGGGCCUUACUGGAGUUCGAGCGGCCAGUCACAUGCCCUUCUCUCUGCCUGGUGAUUGGCUCUAAGUUGGACACGGACAUCCACGCCAAUGCAUGCAGGUUAGCCUUCCAGGGCAUUCUGCUUCAGGGGUUUGAGGAUAAAGGCUAUGCUGAGACAGCCCUGCCUUGUCUGCGCAUCUACAAGACCAAACAGAAAGAGGGACAAGUGGAAAGGGUGACUGAUGAUUACACAGUGAUUGGACGCAACCUCUUCAAGAAAGAGACCAACCUCCAGCUCUUCGUCGGGUUAAAAGUCAUGUUGUCGACAGGGGAGACUGGCGUUAUCGAGGCUGGGUUUGGACAAAGUGGGAAAUUCAAGAUUCGCAUACAAGAGGGUCUUCUUCCAGAAACCAAGCAGCUGUUAUCCUCCACCUCCAAGAAGAAAGGAAAAGGUGGGGGGAAAGGUGGAAAUGAUGACGAGCCUAAAACGGAUUCUCAGCCUGUUAGCAUUCAGUUGCAUUUUAAACGGUACAUCUUUGAUCCCCACAAAAAGAUGGUUCAGUCUUGACCUUCACUGUGUCCACUUCAGCCUGAAACUGUGUCACAGAGAGCAGAGUCAGAGGUCCUGUGGAGGUAAAAGGAGAUACAGGCCUUGGUAUCAGGAGUGUGAUUGCUUUUUUUCCCAUCAGCCUCUUCUUCUGGGGAUAGAGACAGUCUGCUGAAAUGCACUGAUUGUGGAAUGCUGAACGCAAAUGAAACAAUGAUUGUUUUAUCUGUCUUGUAUAGAGAUAAACUUAAUCCAGUUUGCUCCAUCAUAAGCUGCUACUCUGUCCCUCAUUUAAGUUGUCUUUAAAAACAGUUCUUUUGUUCUCCCUUUUUACUCUGAAUCAAUUCAUUUGACAUGCUGGGAAGAUUUAUUUCUCUUUUAUUCAACAUAUAACAUCAAUGAACAUCAUGGAAAUACAAAGCUUAAAUUUUUAUCUGUUUUAUUUAGCUGGUAUGAAGGUCAAGUUCUGAUGUUUAGGAUGGCAUUUUCUUUGCUUUGGCUCAGUCAUUAAAAAUUCUUUCAUUUAUUAAUUCAUUAAUGAAUCUGCUUUCAGUUACUGGAGCUAAAUGUAACCUGGAUGGUAAUUACAGCUGGGAGGUCGUUUGAUUGAAUUAUGUUUUCAAAAAGAUAAAUAAAACGAAAAACAUA